UCUUUCAAAAAGAAAGAAAGUAAAACUAAAUACAAUGCAGUACACAUGUGGACUGCACCGCGGCUUAUGGCCAAAAAGUGCGGUCCAUAUGUCCAUUAUCGUCAAUGGAUUAAUAAAGGCUCGUGCGCCAUAGCUGCAAUGCAGUUGCUUUUCUAUGCUACUGUGUUCUUAGGAUCGGUUGUGGAGACAGCCGAAUUUGGUCUCAAAGGCAAGUCAUUCGACCUUAAUGGCGAAAACUUGCUGAAGCACUGGAUUUCGCGAAGCGGACACGGACGAGUGGUCGUGGCUAUCGGCAAUGGUAAGGCGUCAUUUGAGACACAGAUGGCCGUCGCAGAGAUGAUACGCAGCGGGAAGUUCAUGCCAAAAGAUGUGAAAUUCUGCACUGUACCCGAAAAUGGCGCUUCCAAAUACAGUGUUACCCCUUUGGCAGAGCAAGAUUUGCCGAAUAUGCCACCAACUCAGAGAAGUGCCGUUUCGAUUGGACGUCGUCUUAUUGAUCCGAUGGCUGAGUACGUAAAAAUUGAACCGAAGCAUCUCGGUAUGGGUAUGUAUCAGCACUCCGUAAAUACGAAAAGGCUGUCGGAGACACUGGAGCUGGUUGUAAGGGAGUGCGUCUCAAUGCGUGGUGUAGAUGUGAACUUGGCCUCUGUGCAACUUCUAGAAAAAGUAUGUGGCUUGAAUAAAAAGACUGCUGCUGGUUUGGUGGCUCUCCGAGAGAAGAUGGGGCGCAUUCAGUCUCGCGAAGAUAUCAGGAAAGUGAAAGGUCUUGGUAUGAAGUCGUUCGAGCAGUGUGCAGGUGAACAUCAGUAUUAUUAUUCGUGUUCUAUUUUUUCUUUUUUUACACACUUCAAUUAUAGGUUUUUCUGUCCCAAAGGUGAAACUUUUCCUCUUCCUCCUCUGUAA